ACCGCAGCCCGCCUCAGCGCCGGACCAGACGGGACCAGCACCAUGCAGAUGAACUUCCAGGGCCUGCGGGCCCUGGUGACCGGAGCAGGGAAAGGGAUCGGCCGGGACACUGUGAAGGCGCUGCACGCUCAGGGAGCCAGCGUGGUGGCCGUGAGUCGCACCCACGCUGACCUGGUCCAUCUCUCCCAGGAGUGCCCGGGGGUAGAGCCCGUGUGCGUGGACCUGGGCGACUGGGAGGCCACGGAGCGGGCGCUGGGCGGCGUGGGCCCCGUGGACCUGCUGGUGAACAAUGCCGCCGUGGCGCUGAUGCAGCCCUUCUUGGAGGUCACCAAGGAGGCCUUUGACAGGUCCUUCCACGUGAACCUGCGCUCUGUGUUCCAGGUGUCCCAGAUCGUAGCCAGGGGCAUGAUCGACCGCGGAGUGCCCGGCUCCAUUGUCAACGUCUCCAGCAUGGUGGCCCACGUCACCUUUCCCAACCUGGCAGCCUAUAGCUCCACCAAGGGCGCAAUGACCAUGCUGACCAAAGCCAUGGCCAUGGAGCUGGGGCCACACAAGAUCCGCGUGAACUCCGUGAACCCCACAGUGGUGCUGACCGCCAUGGGCCAGAAAGUCUCCGCCGACGCCGAUUUCGCCCGGAAGCUGAAGGAGCGCCACCCUCUGAGAAAGUUCGCAGAGGUGGGGGAUGUGGUCAACAGCAUCCUCUUCCUGCUCAGCGACCGCAGCGCCUCCACCAGCGGCUCGGGCAUCCUCGUGGACGCCGGCUACCUGGCCUCCUAGAGCGUCUGGCCUCCAGCGACCGGAGGGGCUUGGCUUCGCGUCUGCCCAGGCCCCCCACGCCACAGCGGGUCCAACGCCCAGCGUCGGCCCCGCCUCCACGCCAAUUCCCGCCCCCGCCCCGCCACUCCUCCUAUCCCGGCCCACCUCCUGCAGGCCCCGCCCCGACCACGCCUCCCAGCCCCGCCCCCGACCACGCCUCGUCUCCCAGCGCUGGCCCCGCCUCCGUGCCGUGGCCCCGCCUCCUGGCACCGCCCCCCACGCCCGCUCUCACCGCCCCUUCCACGGCCACGAUGUCCAGCGUCGCGCUCAUCCUGAGAUCCCGCCGUCUCUCCUGCGACGUCCGCCGCGCUGCGGGGCCGGUUCCCUAAAUAAAUGGAGGCCGCUCUGCGGGACCCAGCA